AUGGAAUUUGUUGCCCUGAGACACAUGAGCGUGGCUCUGCAACAGUCAGACGUGGACAGCUUCAAAGCCAUUCUACUUGAAGUGUGCGGCAACAAGCUCGGGGGUCUUUUGACCCCAGAGCUCCAGUUCGGCGUGUCGAUCCUCGUCGACUCGAUGGGUCGGACUAUGCUUCGCACACGGAUGAAGCCUGGGCAGGUUAGUUUCACAAAAAGGGCUAACCCGGAUAGGUUGCAGGGACAUAUACGGCUUGGGUGUAAUUACGAUUUGGGGUUGUAG